AUGGCGCAACUCUUCGUUGAUUUGCCGACGCCGAAUAACCAAACUUAUCGACAGCCAACUGGCCUGUUCAUCAACAAUGACUUUGCCGCCGCGUCGAGCGGGCAAACUAUCACUUCAAUAGACCCUGCCACGGAUAAACCCCUCGCCACAGUUCCCGCAGCGAGCGCCGAGGAUGAAGGUCGAGCUGUGAAGGCAGUCCCCGGGCCGCGCUGGUACAUCCCUCCUGGAAACAGCUUCCCGCUACCGAGCACGGUCGAGCUCAAGUUUUCACUUAACUGA